AGACAUGCCAAAACCGACAACACAAGACAAAGCAUUGGAACCAGAAUCGCGAUUACCCCUGGCUCUCAUAAUCGGAGGCACGGGCUUACAGGGCUCUGGUUGCAUCCAGGAUUUGAUUGUCAGUAAUCGUCUACGGCUGCGUACUACCUCACGAAACGCCAGGAGUAAGGCAGCAUUGGCUCUUACCGCCCACGGUGUUGAGCUUUAUGAAGGUAGUCUGCUUGACCGUCCCUUCGUGGGACGGGCCAUGGCAGGGGUGCAUUCACUAUUCCUGGUGACAUUUUCUGAUCACGACGGCUCCGAGGUACAACAAGGCAAGAAUUUGGGGGACGCAGCGAUAGCGGCUGGCGUGAAACGCGUCGUGUUCUCAGGUGGAGAGCGUAUUGGGGUGUAUGCGAUGGAUAACAAGUUCCAAAUAGAGGAAUACUUGCGCACUUUGAAUUUCUCCCACAUAGUUUAUCUCCAUACUGCCUUUUUUUACGAGAAUAUUGUCACCAAAAGGGGCACGAAACGGGUGCGUAUUGAGCGUAAUCCCUCAUCAGGACGUAUUAGCAGAUAUUUUUUCUCUAUUCCUCUGCUAGAAGAUAUGGCCAUUCCAUUCAUUUCCCCGAAGGAUAUCGGAAGGGUGGCUGCCACUGUCCUCCUCGCCCCGCAUUCGGAUAUUCCUUCUGAAAUUGUGCUCCCCAUAGCCGGGGACGUGCUUUCACCUAAGCAAUUUGUUGAAAAGGUGGCUAACUUGACAGGUGUGGAAUCAUCCUACACCCAGCUCCCACUUGAUUUUUUCCAACGUUUGCCUAUCCCAGGAUCAGAGCUCAUCGUUGAGAUGUACAAAUGGUACCACGCAAGAUGUCCAGGGGAAGGUCACUCACGCGACCCAGAAUCUACUCGGUCCUUGUGCCCUUCUGUGCGAAAUGCGGACGAAUGGCUGCAAAGCGGUGGUCUUCGUUUGAUCAAUGACAUGGCCUUUGAGGACGGUGUUAUUAAUCAGAUCAAGGACGCUUUGAUGGGAACUAUUAUUCGCGUCUAUGGAGUUUAUUCAAGGAUAGGUUCAGGGAGAGACCAUGAAGGCAAGCAGUAGUAAUGAAAUCGCCGGGGGGGGGGGAAGUUUUUG